AUGUUUGACCGUGUCAAAAAGAAACUAAACGCCAUGACCGGCAACACCAAAUACAAGCUCACCCAAGAGCAAAAAGAUCAUUUCAUGAAAUACGGCUAUCUCCGAGUUCCCAAUUGUUUUACUCCAGAAAAGGCAGCUGAAUGGACAAAAGAUGUUUGGACUCGUCUGGGUUAUUCGCCCACCGAUAAAGAGACGUGGACAUCCGAGAGAAUCCACAUGCCCCCGCAUCGACAUGAACCUGUCAAGUCAUUCGCCCCGAAAGCUUGGGCAGCGAUUUGUGAAGUAGUCGGUGGUGAAGAUCGAGUCUUGGAUGAAGCUGCUGUAUGGAAUGAUGCCUUGAUUGUUAAUCUGGGCACAAAGGAGGCUGAAGGGAAACCGUGGCCGCAUCCGAAGGAGUUGUAUGGAUGGCAUGUCGAUGGGGACUUUUUUAUCCAUUUCCUCGAUUCGCGGGAGCAAGGUUUACUUGUCAUUCCGCUCUUCAAUGACAUUGUUGAGCAUGCCGGUGGUACAGUGGUUUGUCCAGACUCGAUUCCACACAUGGCAAGACAUUUGUACAACCACCCCGAAGGUGUCUCACCCCACAUGGUUCCUCGUGGUGGUGAACUUGAACCUGAAUACAAAGAUGGCUUUUAUACACGAAUCAUCAGCCAAUGUUCCGAAUUCCACGAAAUGACCGGUAAAGCAGGCGACGUCAUACUCCUCCAUCCGCUCACAGUGCAUUCAGCAUCUGUCAACACACUGCGUAUACCACGAAUCAUCACCAAUCCACCCGUCAUGUUGAAAGAACCCUUUCGAUUCGAUCGCAAAAAUCCAAAUGAUUUCAGUCUUGUUGAGCGAAAGACACUGCAGGCCUUGGGUGUUGAUCGACUUGAUGAUUGGAAGAUUGUAGGGGAAAGAGAGAUGGUUGUUCCUGAACGGUUACGUGCGCAAGCUGCGAUGAAAGAGGAGGAGCAAAAGAGACUGAAUGCUUCAUAA